GGUUUGGAGACAAGCAUCACCAUGUGACAAAGAAUUUGACGGAAGAGGACAUACAUUUAGAUAUGAUUUACAGUCUGCCUGGGUUUGGAGACCAGAAUCACCAGAUGAAGAAGAAUUUGACAGAAGAACACAUACAUUUAGAUAUGAUGUGCAGUCUGCCAGGGUUCGGAGACCAGCAUAUGGUGAAGAAUUUGACAGAAGAGCACAUACAUGUAGAUAUGGCUCUCAGUCUGCCAGGUGAAUACCUGCUGACAAAUGAAAUAGCAACACCUUAUCCCUGUUUGUGUUCUAAAUACCCAGCAGACCAGUAUACUGAUACAGAUGACAGGUAUGGUUUCUGUAACAAGACUAACAUAGCUACUGGAGUUGUCAUCUGGGGUCACCUAAUGAAGGAGUGUGAUGCUCUGUUCCGGCAUGAUAUAUGCUACAUAGAUAUGGACUACAAAGUGCAGCAUUUUCCUGCAGAGCCGCCAUUUUUCCCACCACCACCCAAACCAACUCCUCCAGCUGACUACCCAUGGGUGUGCACUGUUGUCAUAGGAGGUGCUGUAGUAGUAAUGGUACUAGUUGGCAUCGUGGCAAUAUUCUUUUUGGUUUAUGAAAGAAGGAAGAGAGGAAAUGAAGAGGGAGAUCAAGAAGGUCUUUGGGAAGCCCGAGGGGAUGAAAAUGAUGAUACAGAUGGGCAAGAACAGCCCACGGAAGAUGACCAGCCGUGUGCAAACCUUGCACAGCCUUGGGAAGAUGACCAGCCGUGUGCAAACCUUGCACAGCCCUGGGAAGAUGGCCAGCUGUGUGCAAACCAACAAGAACUGCUACAGGAGGAGCAAGAGCAGCCUGAAACAGAAGCCAGGGGACCUGUACAUAACACUACUGAUGAUGAUAGGAAUAGACCUUCAGAGGAAACUGGUGAUGAAACCCAUGCUAAGGUUUGUGCAGGCACAACUUUUGAUCACUCGGACUUGACACAGACAACAGGAGAGGAGGAGGAGGAUGGUGCAACCCACUACAAAUCUCUUGCAGGAGAUGAGGCCACACCACAAACGGGCACACGGGAUGAAUCGAUCGCAAAACAUGGGCAACAGGAAGCUGCCUCUGUUGUUAAAGGUGGACAGCAAGUGACUUCCUUGGUCAAUGCCCAGCAUUCAUCUGAGAGUUCAGUAAGUCAAGAUGUUGAAGCAGAAAUGGAAGAAGAGAGUGAUAUCACAGAGCAAGACUAGCCUGGUGGUGACACAGGUGUUAAGUUUAAUAUGACUGCUUCACAUAGACCCACAGAGCUGCAAAAUGAACCAGCCAACUUACAUAUCAUUAGCCAGGAUGAUCAGGAAGAAAAUGAUGCAUUGCCCAUUGGAGACCCCUUCCUGUUCCUCUCUGAUGAAACCCAUUAGAGUCUAGGAAGAUAACCAAGAAAUAGUUCUCAAUAUAGGACAAUUAUCUGAUUCGAAGUCGGGCAAAAUAGAUCAUUAAAAAAAAAAACAUGUCUGUAAAAACUUUUAUUUACAGACCCUAUAAGUGUCUGUGUCUUUAUUUUGUAUAGAGGCAUGUUGCUUUCGAAAGUCGGCAUGAUCAGUUUACAUAUAAGGUAAUUUGUAUACUUUUUUCUGCAUAAUGUCUGAACAUUUGACAGCUUUGCUGCCUUUUUUUUUGUAUGCUGUCUGUAUAUUUGCUAGCUUUGCUGUCUACUUUAAACAUAUGUACAGCUUUCAACUUAAAAUAUGCUCAUGCAGCUUUUUAUGGACUUGCACCAAAAAGCACUAAAAACAAAUGAUUUAUGUUCUGUACAGAAUAAUUGGACAUAUUUUAUCUUUAUUUUCAACACAAAACAA